AUGUUUCAAACGUUUAUAAGAAUUUUUCAACAAAAUUUCAUAAGCUGGCUGAAAGGAUGGGCGAAGGCCUGGUGGUGUAGGCAGCAGAGGUGGGCUUGCGGAGUUUACAGAAGUUGGGCCGGAUCCAUUGCGUCUGUCAGUUUGCUGCGGACGAUUACCACGUCUGCCAUUGCUGUGUUGAGGAGGACGCUGGAAGUUGCGAUCUGUACGAGCAGCAGCAGCAAGUGCAAUGGGUACAGGGGCAAAAGGUUUGCUAUGUCCGACCUUGGUCCACUACAUCAUUUUCUGGGCAUCACUGUUACUCGUUCAUCCUCAGAAUUAUAUUUGUCUCAGUCAUUAUAUGCACAGGACAUCAUCGCGCGUGUCUCCAUGACAAAAUGUAAUCCAGUGGUUACUCCGGUCGACAUCGAUUCCAAGCUUAGUGCCACCUCUGGCCCAAAAUUUUCGGAUCUCACUCUAUACAGAAGCCUAGCAGGUGCUCUUCAGUACCUCGCUUUUAAUCGGCCAGAUAUUGCAUACGCAGUUCAGCAGGUUUCCACUAUCUCUGGCUUGACGGCAUACUCUGAUGCUGACUGGGCUGGUUGUCUUGAUUCUCGACGAUCGACAUCUGGCUUUUGUAUCUUUCUUGGUGACAAUCUCAUCUCCUGGUCCUCCAAGCGUCAAGCAACAGUCUCUCGAUCCAGUGCUGAAGCUGAAUACCGGGGAGUAGCAAACGCGGUUGCUGAAACAACAUGGCUUCACAACCUUCUUCUAGAGCUCCAUCUACCUCUACAUCGUGCUACUAUUGUUUACUGUGACAAUGUAAGUGCGAUAUAUAUGUCUGGAGAUCCUGUUCAAUAUCAGCGCACCAAACAUGUGGAGAUUGAUAUACAUUUUGUUCGUGAACGAGUUCGUAUUGGUGCCAUUCAAGUCUUACACGUCCCCUCUGAGAACCAGUAUGCUGACAUCUUCACCAGGGGGAUUCCUUGA